AUGGCAGCUAUGGUGGCUAUGGUGGCUAUGGUGCUAUGGCAGCUAUGGUGGUAUGGUGGCUAUGGUGCCUAUGGCAGCUAUGGUGGCUAUGGUGGCUAUGCGGCUAUGGUGGCUAUGAUGACAGCUAUGGUGGCUAUGGCGACUGGUGCUAUGCCAGCUAUGGCAUCUGUAAUUGGCUAUGGUGGUUGUGUGCAGCCAUGGUGGCUAUGGCGGCUGCAACUUGGCAUUGGUAAUAUGGUGACUAUGGGGUUAUCGCAGCUAUGGUGGUUAUGGCAGCUAUGGUGGCUAUGGUGGCUAUGUAAUAUGGUGGUUAUGGCUGCUAUGGUGGCUAUGGCAGCUAUGGUGGCUAUGGUGGCUAUGGUGCCUAUGGCAGCUAUGGUGGGUAUGGUGGCUAUUGCGGCUAUGGUGGCUAUGACAGCUAUGGUGGUUAUGGCAGCUAUGGUGGCUAUAGCAGCCUGUAAUAGCUGUAGCUAUGGUGGCUAUGGAGGCUACAGCAGCUAUGGUGGCUAUGGCAGCUGUAAUGGCAAUAGCAUCUAUGGUGGCUAUGGUGGUUAUGCAGCUAUGGUAACUAUGGCAACUAUUAUGGCUAUUGCAGCUAUGGUGGCUAUGCCAGCUAUGGCAGCUAUGGUGGCUAUGGAGGCUACGCUUGGCUGCUAUGGUGGCUAUGGUGGCUAUGCAGCUGGUGGCUAUGGUGAUUAUGGCAGCUAUGGUGGCUAUGGCAGCUAUAAUGGCUAUGGCAGCUAUGGCAGCUAUGGUGGCUAUGGCAGCUAUAAUGGCUAUGGCAGCUAUGGCGGCUAUGGGAGCUAUAAUGGCUAUGGCAGCUAUGGUGGCUAUGGUGGUUAUGCAGAUAUGGUGACUAUGGCAACUAUUAUGGCUAUUGCAGCUAUGGUGGCUAUGGUGGCUAUGGCAGCUAUGGUGGCUAUGACAGCUAUAAAAGGCUAUGGUGGCUAUGGUGGUUAUGGCAGCAGACUCUCGUGA